CACAUUUAUAUUCAGCGAAGAAACAAGCGUAUCACAAGCGUUCCCCUUGUCGUCGUCGAAACAGCGGUUUAUAUGGUUUCAAAGGUCACCGUCGCGCUAACCAUCGGCCUCGCCCUGGUCAAUCGAUCAAUCACCGGCGUGAUACCGCUGGACAUCGGCGCACACCACGAUCAUCGCCUCUCGGUGGCCAGUUCGUACAUGCACUUCCACGGGCCGGUGCAGGGCCCGGAGUACGAGGUGAAAGUGCCGCACGUUGUUGUCGACCACUUUGGCGAGCACAAUUAUUUACACGGCCAGGACCAUCAGGAGCAUCGUCAUCAUGACGGCUACACGGUCGAUUACGUGGGGAAUCCCAAGUACGAGUUCUCGUAUGGCGUCGAGGACCAUCAUACCGGCGACUUUCACGGCCAGAAGGAAUCCAGGGACGGAGGCAGCGUGUCUGGAGAAUAUAGCGUGAAAGAUCCAGGUGGCACUUUCCGGGUCGUCAGCUAUCACGCGGACAAGGAGGGAUUUCACGCGGUCGUGCACACCUCUGGGAAAAAUGAUCAUUCAGGCGGGGUAUAUGGUGGUCAAGGACACGAUGCGGAGACCCAAAGUCCCCUUCAUGAAUACGCCACUGCGCUAGCCGCACACACGGGAUACUGAGUGACGCGACAUCGGCUAUGGCAAUCGUGACUGAUCGCUUUUGUGUACCUGGUAUAAUUAAAUUCUUCUUUUUAGAUUGUCAACUUUGAUGUGUGUCCGUUUUGUAUACCAAAGGCAAUAACAUGCUAUCCGUUCGAUAUUACAUAUACGCAGAAAUAAUACGGUGUAUUCUAUACACCGUCAUAAAUAUAGUUUAUUUCAUUUAAUACGCGAUACAAGCUCAAUACAGAAGAUAAUUGUUUGCUCAUAUUGUAUAUGAAAAGUUAUUGAUAAAGCAUGGUAAAUGUGUAAACUGUUCAUAAAUAAGAAUUUAUGCAAAGUUAAUAGAGCCUUUCGGUAAUUUGGCGUUCGCUUAAUAAUCAUCGAAAAAUAUUGUUGUGAUCAAAAAUUGUUUUUAUUGUGUAUAUCUCUGUAAUUGUUUUUAUAUUUAUCGGAAACUAGUAACAUUUUAAUCGAACAUUUGUAUUUAUUUGAAAACUCUUAUUAAAAGCCCGGGAAAAAACUAAAUAUGUAGGUUGUCCACAAAUUAUACUUACUCAAUUUGCGAGAAAUUCUAUACUUUGCCUAAUAGUCAAAAUUUUGAUUUAAAAACCAAUAUAAUACGAUUAUUUGAGAAAUAUAGUGCUAAAUAUGUGAAAAAAUAUAAUAAAAUAUUUGUAUUGUAAUCUUAAUUACAAUAUUCCCAUUAAUAUAUUGGACAUAUUCGAAAAAUAUUAACAAUAUUAUUAACAUGUAUCUUUAUGUUUUUAUAAAUUAAUGUUAUACAUGGAAAUGUUAUAUCGAAAGUGUUACAUAUAAAAAUACAUUUUAUUGUAGAAUGUGUUUAAAAAGUUUAAAAAUAUAUAUAUAUAUAUAUAAUACUAUAUAACAAGCGUUUAAACUUAUUAAAUAACCGAUGAAUAAUUGAGAUAUGAUUAUAAAAGAGUAUAAUGCGUUAUAAGAAUUCUUGAAAGUAAAAUAUAAUAUUAGUGUAAUAAAUAUAUAUAUGAUUCAAUUAUUUUAAAGUUAUGCAUAAAUUAUCCGUUACAUUCUCGUGGAGACAUGACAUUUAUAUAUUAUAAAAACAUCGAAAUCGGUACUACGAGAUAGCACCUUAUUGGCAAUGAUUAAUAUUGGAAAGCUGUGGUAAAAGUUUGCGCUCAAUAUAGAGAUAUAAUGACGAGGAUCGCGCUCUGUACUAAUGAAAAUAAACUGCGCAUAACGGGAGCACGAGUAAUAAUUUCUGAUGCUCUCAAGUGCUAGGAGAUUCCGAUUGCCGCUAAUCUCGUGGAUUACCGAGUAACGGUGGUUGUAGCGCAAGGUCGAUCGCCAGCGAAAUGAAAAUCCAGGUCACAGGAUUGAAUUAUCUAUUGAAUAUUACAGACCCGUAGGGGCUACGGAUUAAAAGUACGUGUCUCAGCGGCGCCAUUAUAAAAUAAACGUGAAAAAAAUUUGCGCUUCUUUUAACAUGUUUUAACGGAGCGUUAAAAAGCUCAUUUAAAACUUCGUAGCGCAUAACUAAAUAUCUCUCGCAGCAUCCUACCUAAUUCCAUUUUACAUGCGAGGAAUAUUUUUUUCAAAGAUGCGUAAAAAGAGUGUGAACGUUUUGUUUAUGAAAA